ACAGAAAUACCAUUACAAAAUACUAUUUGGCAAGGAUGCUUGCGUUAUAAAAACCCACGUUAGUUUGGAUGUUGCACGCACAUCAUCAUGUACCGUCUGAAGACCUUGCUCCUGGCUGCAGUAGCUGUGACUGUCGGUGCCCAGUGCCCCGCCACGUUCUUCGAGGCCGGGGGAGGAUGCUUCCACGUCGUAGACACCGGCGAGACGGACAUCACGUGGGAAGACGCUCGGGAAACAUGCAUCGGCCUGAGCGGGGACGGCUGGAACGUGGACCUGGCUUCUCUGGAUUCCACGGCGCAGCUCGAGGCCUUCGCGGAGGCGUGGGCUACAGCGGGGGCGGAUUACAGGCCCUACGGCUACAUGUGGGUGGGCUUCACCCGUGAGACUGGGCAGUGGGCCAACCUGGACGGAGUGCCAGUGUCCCUCUACUCCAACAUGUGGCGGGAAAGUCAUCCGCACGACAUGAACAUGUACGUCUACAUCGAGGACGUGACCAUGACCUCCGGCAUCGAGUCCCGAGGGCGCUUCUACGCCUCGUGCACGAUGCAGGACGCUCUGCAGAGAGCGCUGUGCAGGGCUUUCCCGGCCUAAUUAGGACCUGAAUAAAUACACUAUGUAAAUCA